CGAGUCGCAGGCCUUGCUGGAGCCAUGGCCCAGAAAGAUGGGCAAGGAGAGAGGAGUUGCCUGCGGUGGCCUCUGUAGAGAGAUUUGGAGUUGCUGCAGCCAAGACUGGAGCCAUGAGGCGGCCUCCCGGGAAUGGAGAGGCGGCCAGCGAGGGUAUAGGCGGCUGGGGCCUAUGGGGACGACAGGAGGCCAGGAGGCUCGGCUGUGCCGGUCACGACCACUGCAGGCAGGCUUUGCUGCAGAUUGGGAUCAACAUGAUGGCAUUGCCUGGAGGCUGCCACCUGGACUCCAACUCUCUGCCGGGUCAGCGGCUGCACCUGAUGCAGGUGGACUCGGUCCAGCGCUGGAUGGAGGACCUGAAGCUCAUGACCGAGUGUGAGUGCAUGUGCGUCCUGCAGGCGAAGCCCAUCAGCCUGGAGGAAGAUGCACAGAGUGACCUCAUCCUGGCCGGCGGCCCUGGCCCUGGAGACCCCCUGCAGCUGCUUCUCAAGAGGGGCUGGGUCAUCAGCACUGAGCUGCGCAGGAUCGGGCAGAAGCUGGCCCAGGACCGCUGGGCACGCGUCCACAGCAUGAGUGUGCGUCUGACUUGCCAUGCCCGCUCCAUGGUCAGCGAGUACAGUGCUGUCAGCAGGAGCUCCUCGCAGGAGAUGGGCCAGAUUGAGAAACUGCUGAUGGAGAAAUGCUCAGAGCUCUCAGCGGUCACAGAGAGGUGCCUCCAGGUGGAGAAUGAGCACGUCCUGAAGUCGAUGAAGGCCUGUGUGAGUGAAACCUUGAGCACACUGGGCCAGCACUUUGGCCAGCUGCUGGAGCUGGCCCUGACCCGGGAGGUACAGGCACUGGUGAGAAAAAUCAAUGCCUCAGACAAUAUCUACACCACGGAAUCCACCACAGGGAACCUGUUCAGCCUGACCCAGGAGGGGGCUCCCUUGUGCCGCAUCAUCGCCAAGGAGGGUGGUGUUGUAGCCCUCUUCAAAGUCUGCCGGCAGGAUAGUUUCCGGUGCUUGUACCCCCAGGCGCUCCGCACGCUGGCCUCCAUCUGCUGUGUGGAAGAGGGUGUCCACCAGCUGGAGAAGGUGGACGGCAUUCUUUGCCUGGCCGACAUCCUGACCGAUGACAGCCACUCAGAGGCCACACGGGCUGAGGCUGCGGCUGUGGUUGCCCAGGUCACCUCCCCACACCUGCCCUUUACUCAGCACCUCGGCGGCUUUCUGGAGAGCAUGGAAGAAAUUGUGACAGCUCUUGUCAAACUGUGCCAAGAGGCGUCGUCUGGGGAAGUCUUCCUGCUGGCUUCUGCGGCCCUUGCCAACAUCACCUUCUUUGACACGAUGGCCUGCGAGAUGCUUCUGCAGCUGAAUGCCAUCCGUGUCCUCCUGGAAGCUUGCAGCGACAAGCAGAGAGUGGAUACGCCUUACACCCGGGAUCAGAUUGUGACCAUCUUGGCAAACAUGUCUGUCCUAGAGCAGUGUGCCUCUGACAUCAUUCAGGAGAACGGGGUCCAGCUUAUCAUGGGCAUGCUGUCCGAGAAGCCAAGGUCUGGAACCCCUGCCGAGGUGGCGGCUUGUGAGCGAGUCCAGCAGAAGGCUGCCGUGACCCUGGCCCGUCUCAGCCGAGACCCAGCUGUGGCACGGGAGGCCGUGCGGCUGAGCUGUAUGUCCCGGCUCAUCGAGCUCUGCAGAUCGCCCUCUGAGAGGAACAGCAGCGAUGCUGUGCUUGUGGCUUGCCUGGCUGCUCUGCGUAGACUGGCUGGAGUUUGCCCGGAAGGCCUCCAGGACUCCGACUUCCAGCAACUGGUCCAGCCCCGGCUUGUGGACUCUUUCUUACUCUGCAGCAACAUGGAGGAGAGCUUUGUGUAGGAAGGGUGGGAGAGGAAAGCCAUCUGGCCCCCUUCUCAUGCCCCCUCUGAGUACAUUCCUGCGAUCAACCUGAGUACCCGUCAGCUCCCUCACCUCUUUAUUUAUACUUAAUUUAUUUUUUACAUGAAAUGGACAAGGGCUAAAUACUCUAGUAACAUCAGGCAGUCUGUGGUCCUAGGAGUCUUUUUUGUUUUUAUUUUUGACUUCUGUGACUUUUCAGUUGCAGAUGUUGAAAUGCAUAGUAACUAAUGUGGCAGAUUGUCAUGGGCGAUUUCCCUUCAUCUUGCUUUCUCUAUUUUCACUAUGUAACCUUGCCUCACUUUUCCUCCACUUUGGAACCAGCGUAUGUUAACUGCCCAGCAGUCUUUUGACUUUUUUUCUUUUUAAGUUGGCUUGCUCCUUUCUAAAAGAUUUUAAGUAAAUUUCAUAGUUGGACAGAA